GCUUGCACAAAAUAGAAGGUUAGGUUAUAGGAGGACAAUGUAAUUCACUAAGUUUCUUAUUUUAUUUAUUUUAGAUAUAGGUUUCGAGAAUAAAAUUUACUAAGUCGGCGUGAAACACAUGCAACUACGUUACACAAAACUUACUCAUUAGUAGUUACGUUACAUGCUGUUUCACAAUGUGAUGUUUGUGUCAUCAUGGUGGGACGAUCAUAUCAUAUGGGAAGCAGCGUCCUUAUUUUGGACGAUAGAAUACAUGUCGAGAAGCUCCGUCGAAGACGUGCGCUUGGAAUCUGCUGUUUUACAUGUUUUGUGACUGUUGUUUAUUCACGUGAGAGAUUUGGGAGGGAUCAUUAUUUCUGAAAACUCUAAUAAAAGUCGUGAUAGUUACUUUGGAGAUGUAAAGAAUGGAUGAAAUUGAGGUUGCAGAUGAAGAAAAUGAAAAUUAUCCACAAGAAGAUAAUGACUCUGAUGGUGACAGCUUCACAAGUGAGAAGGAAGUUCAGUUGUACAAUUUGAUAUAUCAUGAACAUAAUGAAACAAAUGGAAUAGAAGAAGAUGUAGAAAAUCCAAAUCGAACUGAGGAAGACUCUGAACUUCACUUUAGCGCAAGAAGUAAGGUCUUCCGACUAAAUGCAGUGAAAGCAAUUACAUGUUCACCUUCUGUUGUAAACAGUAUGUCUCCUUCUAAAUCUGUACGAAACCAAAUUAAAAAAGUGACGGCAAAAUUAGAUGCAAUGAAACAGAAGUAUAGCAAAGAAAAUAAUGAAAAGAUAUACUCUAGAAAUCAUUUCAAUGGAAAAAAACAAACAUUUAUAAAGAAUAACGAAAAAUUGUCUGGUAGCAGCAUUCCAAGCUUUUGCCUGAAUCAGCCUGAAGCAGAUAAAAAAAAUGAGCAGAGUCAUGAUGAUUCAUGUCAUAUUGUUCCCAAUGACAAAGAUUGUGGGAAUGCUGUGACAGAAAAGAUAAGUACUACAGUUUGCAUUGAUAAAGUCGGUGAUGAAAGAGAAGCAGAAAUAUCAAAGUAUGAUAUCAUCUUGAGUGGGAGAAGUAAUCUCAGCACUUCUGAAAGUGUUAUUGUUAUUGAUAGUGAUGCAGAAUCUGUUGAUUCUGUAAUUGAGGUAAAACCACCUACACCUCCACCACCAGUUGUUAUAAACAUUGAUAGUUCUGACGAAUCAUCACACAUCAAGCAAAAAGAAAAAAGCACUCAGAAAGAGAAUAUUGAUCCUCACCAGCACCCUGACACAAUCCAAAUUGAUACAUCAUCAGAUGAUGUUGCAUUGUUAGAUUCGUCACUAUCUGCAGACUCUCUUUCAACAACUGUUCCAUCUGAAAAUGCUCUAGUUGUGUCAUACACAGUUCCAAGUACAGGAAACAAUGUAUUGGAUCAAGAUGAACCAGGUGUUGAACAAAGUGUUGACACUGUUGUUAAAGCAAAGAAAAGAAAAAGGAAAAGUGAAAACUCUAAGCCAAGAAGAGUGAAGCCAAGAAAUAAGGUGCUUUCACAGUCUGUUCCUUUGUCAUGGACAUCGGAUAUGAUAAGAUUCUAUUGUCAUUCAUGGGGUGGUCACAAGUUUAAUCAUGAAGAACUACAGAAGCAAAUGCCAGGCAAUUCUAGCAAUUGGAAGGUUCUGGAGAUCGAUUUUCUAGGACCAUUGCCCAAAAAUGGCCCAUUCAAACGUGCUCGGUGUUUAAACUGUAACCAACUUGGCCAUAUUCUUCAGCAGUGUCCAGACCCUAUUAGGGAGAUUUGUUGCUGUAUGUGUGGUGCAAGGGGACAUACUAAACACACUUGCCCCAACAAAAUUUGUUUACAGUGUGGACGACCAGCCACCAAAUACAGCAAAGGUUGUAAGAAAUGCUGCUUUGCUACACAACAGUGCACUGGAUGUGGCCAACAUGGACACUAUAUGUGGAUGUGUCCAGAGGCAUGGAGGAUAUACCAUUCUACUACAUCUCCUCAUGAAAAUUCUGUUAGUUCCAAAUAUCCAUUGAAGAGACCAAAUGAACAGUUCUGUUGCAACUGUGCAAGAAGAGGCCAUACAUCACUUAAUUGCAAGUUUCCAAACAGUGAGACUUUUGAUACGUAUGAUGCACAGUCAAGAUCUCUGAACUUUAAUGUAUUUCCCUACAAAAACCAUAAAAAUAAUGGCCAUCACAAUAAAUUUUCUGUUCCAAAUAUGAACAGAAAAUUGAAGAAAAAUAAAACAAAUAACAAUGUAACAAUUGUAACAGAUUCUGAAUCAUUCAAUCACAGGAGAAAGAAGUUAACAAAUACUGAAAGAAAAAGAAUAAAAAAGAAACAAAAAAAGGUGUUGCAGAACAAAAUGGCAAAUACAUAGCCUCAUAUAAGCACAGAUUUUGGUUAUCUUCUUAGUGCAGAGUCAAAGGUACAGCUUCAUGUACACAUUGUUAGAACAGUUACAAACUUCUGAAGUAGCUAUUUCUUCUUUGCUGAAGAAAUAUACUAAAGAAUUACUGUGAUUUUCUUUUUAAAUAAAUUGAAUGUAUUUCAAUUAGUUGCAGUCGCUUUAAAGUUAGGAAAUAUUUUCUGUACAUAAUAUUUUAUAGACUGCCCACUGUGAAAGUUCUGUCAGAAAAAUGUAGUUCAUGGUGUUUAUUGUUCUGCUCCUAUUUAUGGUUUCACAUACCAUAGUGGUCACUGUUAAUGUUUGUUAUUUCAGUUUCAUUAGUAAUAUUGCACUCAAGUGCUUGUAAAUAAAUAAUAAAUAUAUUUUUUCAGUUGUAA